UAACAGCAGUGGAGUCCCGUAGCCAUGUGAGAUUCGUCCGAAAUGGCAACGGUUCAUACCUCACAGGAGAUGGUGGAUAAACCCCCUGUGAAGAACAAGGGCUACAAACAACGAGUCCGCAAGAGGAAAAAAUCUUUCUACUGUAUUUUGUGUCGCCGGAAGUGUCUACGCUAUGAAGCACAGGAACACAUGCAUAGUAUGCUGCAUCACCAAGAGCUGGAGACAGUGCUGGGCAAGGAUUCAUUUCAUGAAUGUCAGGCGUGUGAGGUAUUCUCCAUGGGUUUACAUGACCAAGUUGAAGAGCUUGAUAUUUAA